GACGAAGCCUCCGGCUAUUCCGACGCCUCCAGUGUGCGCACCGCCACCACCAUCCGCGAGUUCUUUCGCGAGGAGCGGCGAUGGGUAGCCGGCAGCGAGAGGUCAGCUGGAGGGUACUCUGAAGGACGUCCUCCGCGACUUCCGCUCCGAGGAGGUGUGGACACUUCUGCACCUGUGUGUGUGCUGCCAUGUGUGCCUCCCGGGAAAGUGCCGGGCGGCAGGCCUGUUCGUGAGGGCCCCUCCAAGGCGGACAUCAUGUACGCGCCGCGCCCGACAUCGAUGCCCUCCAUGACGAGCGCAGCCAGACGCUGA